UUAUGACCCAACAAACACCAUUCCGUACAACCUUAAACAAUGUUUCUAUAUUUCACUCUCUCUCUCUCUCUCUCUCUCUCAAAUCCAACACACAAAAUAAAGUUUCGAUUUUUCAUUAUAUAACUCUGAAAUAGAAUGAAGGGUUUCAAUUUCACAAAUUUCUAAGAUUCCCCAGACGAAAAUUUGUCCCAACUGUGUUUUCCCUCUUUUACCUCUGUCACUUUUUUUUAAUAAGUUUUGUUCUUUUGCUGUUUGGAUUCUUACUAAAAAAACAAAAAUAUAAACCCAAAAAAAGAAAGAAAAAAUCCAGCAACAAAAGUGUUUCUUUAACCUUCCCUACACUAUCACUUUCAUCAAUUCAUUUGUCAUUAGCUUUUGAACUUUCUUCUUAUGUGUACUUGAAAAUUCUUCAAUAAUCAUAUAUGGGUUUAUGAGGUUUAUGUGCUUGUUUGUUGUUCUUUGUUUGGUGAUGUUGUUUUGUUAGACAGUUAGAGGCUCUUUGUGUUGUUUAUUUUUCAGUUUAGUAAUGGAAGAUUCAGCUAAGAUGCGGUUGGUGAGGUGCCCCAAGUGUCAAAAUGUUCUUUCUGAGCUUUCUGAUUAUUCUGUUUAUCAAUGUGGUGGUUGUGGUGCUGUUCUUAGAGGAAAGGUUAAUAAUGGUAAUGGAGUAGUUGCUGGUAAGUCAGGAAAUUCCUUCAGGAAAGAUGUUGCUGUUCUGAGCGAUGAUUCGGAUGUUGAUGUUAAGUCCAAUGGCGGCUUCUCAAGGGAGGAUCGAAGGGAUUCGGAGAAACCGAAUAAGGGAAAACAUGAGAGGAUUCUGAAUCGUUUCGAGGAUGGUAGCGAGAAAGGGGUUUUGGAGAAUGGUUUUGAUGUCAAAGAUGAAGGGGGUAAAGGAAUAAGAAGGGAAAAACAGGAACCAAAGUUUCAAGUUGGAGGGUCUAGUUUCCCAAGGAGAACGUCGAAUUGGCCAAAUGAGGAGAGAGUCGAUAUGGAGCAGUUUCGAAGAAAUCCAUCAGUUGAUAUAGAAGGUGUGAGAUUUUCCACUUUGAAUUAUCCUGAUGAAGGAACAUCAAGAUUUUCUUAUAAUUAUGGGGAACGGAUGAACAAUUAUAACGACAUGGAUGGUGCGAGCAGGGUUCAGCACCUCGAGCAAGAUCGAGCCGAGCUUCUUAGAAAGCUGGACGAGUUAUCAAAGCAGCUGAACAAUUCUUCGGAAAUGGUUAGUAAUCCUAAAGAAAAGGGUCAUCUUGAUGCAAAGAUGGUUCCUCCAGAUCCUCAAAGUGGCAUCGAUACUUGGUUUCCAAACGGUCCUUUAGGGUCGAACCGGACGUCGAGGCAAUUCUUUGGUCCUAAUAAAAAUAUUGCAGGUCCUCCUGCUUUCAAUUACCAUCAUGAUCCAUAUGGCUAUACAAGUGGUCAUGAAAUGUCCAUGCAUAACUUCCACUCUUCGAUGCAUAACCCAAACUAUAUUCCUGGAUAUGGCGAUCCGUUUGCACCGCAAAUGAUGCGAGGUUCACAUCUGUUAUCCCACCAAUUCCCGCCGCAACAACCAAUGCAUCCCUACUUUCCUGGACACUAUGCUGAUACUAGUCAAGAUUCAUAUCAACAAUACACAAAUAAUCCUAUUCCGCACCUGCCUUCUUGCUCUUGUUUUCAUUGCUACAACAACAAAAGAAGAGGUUCAAUGCCGGCACCGCCUGCUACUUUUCUUAACAACAGAUUCCCUCAUACGUUGAAUGAUAAUCCUAUGUUAUACCGUCACGAGAUUCCAGGGGAAGUUGGUCAACAUGUUCAUAACUCUCGAGCUGCUAUUCCGGCUGCAAGUUCUCGUGAAAAGCAAUUACAUACAAGAUUGCAUAGUGACUUCAAUUCAGAGAUGAGUGAUUUUGUCAAGAGCCGUCCUCAAAAAGUAAUGUCGACUAGUGGUAGUAAGCAGCGUUGCCAUCCUAUAGCAGGUGGUUCUCCUUUCAUCACAUGUUAUAAUUGCUUUGAGUUACUACAACUUCCUAAAAAAGUACUGGCUAAGGUGAAAAAUCGGAAGCAGAUAAUGCGAUGUGGAGCUUGUUCUUCAGACAUACAUAUUUCUGUCGUCAAUAAGAAGUUAGUUACUUCUAGUCAUGCAGAAAUGGAGGAAACUACCACAAGGAUCAAUGAUGCUUCUAUUGAAGUUGUGAAUAGCCGUGUGUCGCAUUCUCAUGGUCAUUUGAACACACCUGGUGUUAACUUCUCAUCUGACGAUUAUUCUGGUUAUGAUUUUCUCUCGGUAGAUAGAGGAUCGCCUAUCGUGGCUUCGGACCUGAGCUUGAACUCUCGCAAGCUGCAGGAGAUGCAAAGUUUCCAUUCUUCGUCCCCGAGUACCUCAGAAGAUGAAAAUAAUUCAGAAGUUAUGACUGCACCGGGUGAAGCCGCUAAGUCCAUUCAGCCAACUAAAGCCUCCCAAUCUCCACCACCGGCUGGCUCGCCUCUUCAAGAGUAUCUUGAUUAUUCUAGUAACAACAACCGUGCAGUGAAUCGGUUUGGGAAAGGCAACCAAAGUGGUCGCUCAGAACAUGAGAAUGUGAAAAUAGAAAAGAAUACCUCAAGGCAAAAUUCUUUGAAAGAGGUAGUGCUUGCAACCGAGAUGGAUGUCCAUGAUUAUUCCAACACCGGAACCACACAGGAUUAUGGUGAUGCAAGCCAAGAACAUGGCCAUCCUAGACCUAACAAAGGAGGUGAAUCGUUUUUUGCAAACAUAUUCAAGAAAGGCUCCCGGAGUUCCUCCCAAAAUGACAAAAUAGACGAUCGUGAAAAAUGUAUUGUUACCGUAAAUGGACAACCCUUAUCGGAUCGCAUUGUUAAGAAGGCUGAAAAGAUAGCAGGACCAAUCCAGCCAGGAAAUUACUGGUACGACUCUCGGGCGGGAUUUUGGGGUACCAUGGGUGGACCAUGUCUCGGAGUAAUUCCGCCAUUCAUCGAAGAGUUCAAUUAUCCAAUUCCAGAUAAAUGUGCCGGUGGAAACACCGGCGUUUUUGUCAAUGGUAGAGAACUUCACCAAAAAGAUUUAGAGUUGCUUGCUCGUAGAGGAUUUCCAAAUGACGGCAAUGGAUCUUAUAUCCUUGAAAUUUCCGGGAGACUCUUGGAUGUAGACACAGGUGAAGAGCUAGUCGGCCUCGGAAAACUUGCACCGACGGUGGAGAAAGCAAAACAUGGAUUUGGCAUGAAAGUACCUAAAUCAGCAGCUGCAUGAUCAAAGUGUAGAAAUAAGGAUUUUGUAAAGGUUUGAGAAGUUGACAAGGAUUUGGCAUGGAUUUGGAAAAUUACUUUAUAUGAGACCACAUGGAAAUUUUUUUAUAUGUUUGAAAAAUACUUGAAGUUUCUUCUAUUUGUUGAGAAAAAUGUUGAUGAUUUGCAUUUUGAUUGUAUUUUGUAAAUUUUUCAUUCUUAUUUGGUGGAAAAAAAACAUAAAUGAUUUUGUGCUUGCA